AUGACCUGCCUUAACAGAUGUGAAAAUGCAGAGGCUUAUGAGGUACAGGACGGAGGGAAGAGCACCGGAAUCUUCACUAAAUAUCUGAACAAGCACAUCCUACAGCCAGAGAAAGUCACCCACAUCCUGGAGCUGGUGUCUGAGAAUCUGGGCAGAGACCCUUUCGUCACUGGUAAGCAGGCGGUGGAAAUCAGACACACGAUAAAGGAGCCUCGCUCCCUCACAGAUCCGAUCAGGACCACCGGCCACACUGGAGAACUACAUUUGAGAGACGCCUGCUGGAGACAGGCCAACGAGCUACCACAUCAGAAGUUGCUUAUUUUCACCUGUGGAGUUCAGGUGGAGGUCAGCUUCUCAGCCUUGUUCUCCAACAUCAUGGUUGCUUUUGGCAGAGUGAAAACCACUGGACCCAGGGCCCAGGACUGCACUAUCACUCUGAGGAGCACACCUGUGAGUGACAUCUUCACUCUUACUUGCCGCUACCUGCCACACUACCGAGAGCAGGACAUGGUGUACAAACAGCCCUUAUUAAUAAGCAGUUUGAUUUAG